UAUGUUGCUCGGAAGUGUUCAAAUGUGUGGUCAGCAAGUUGGCUCAUCUGAAUGUAAAGAUAUUCACAAGUCAUUAACGAAUAAUCAACUACGAGUGCUAUCGUUAAGAGAAUGUACGUUAUCAGACAAGCACUUUCGACAAUUAAUGGAAGGAGUUGGCAAAUCGUCAAGUCUACUUCACCUCAAUCUUAAUGUUUCAGUAAUAAAUAGCCUACGGAGAAUAGCCUACCUCACCAAUGCUCUACAAAGCAACCGCAGUCUAACGACUUUACUCUUGCAUAGCUCCAAUUUGGCUGACGAUGGAAUGGCUAUGCUCGCAUCUGCUCUGAAUAAUCAUCCCCACAUCGUCACUCUAGAUGUUGGGGACGCUCAUAUUUCUGAUGACGGCUUGAUGCAUGUUACUAAAUUAUUAGCACGUAACGGAGCUAAGCCAGGCUUACAAAAUCUUACUCUAAGUGCCAAUCGUUCCGUGACUUCAUUCGCAUGGAAUCUCUUUUUUGCCGCAAUCAAUCAUAACGACCGUUUGGAAAGUCUGCAAAUCGAUUAUAAUCAAUUGGGGGAUUACGCCGCCGCCGGAUUAUCGGUGGCAAUUGCAUCUUGCCAGCAAUUACAUUCUUUGGACAUUGAAGGCUGUUCCAUCGGGGAACAGGGGGGGCGAUCGCUCCUAUUCUCAAUACGUUCCUACAAUAAAAGUCUGAGAAGGUUAUCAAUUGCCGAGAAUGAUAUUUCACCUCAAACGUUUAAUGAAUUAACGUGUUGCAUACAAGAGAACAAUCGAUCAGCUCAAUCAGUAUCGUCCCCCUGCAUGAGUGACGUUACUACAAGUGAUUUAACAAGUGUUUCAGAUGAAGAAAACGCUUGUGUGGAAGACAUUUCAUAA